AGGACGUGGUAGAGGUAGGGGGCGUGGGAGGGGUAGGGGUGUAGAGCCAGAGUCGAGCACUGCGGAUGAAGAGGAGGUUAUUUUUGUAAAUGAGUUGGAACCGCAGCAGGUGCAUCAGCCUCAGGAGGAAAGGGAGAGGAGUCCUGAGAAGGUUGUGGUAGAGUCUCAAAGCCCUUCUCCUUCUCAACAGUCGAGCUCAGACUCUAUGCCACCUCUUGAGUCUGAUCCAGAAACAACAGAAGAAAAGGCUAGCCAAAAUGAUAAUGUAACAGAGGCAAAGGACGAGGUGGAAGAGGAGGAGAGGAUCGAGGAAGAAAAGUCUGAGUAUUCUAGCAUAUCGGACAGUGAGGGCUACAACCCCCAUGCCCUUUACUGCAUCUGUCGACAGAGGCACAACAAAAGGUUCAUGAUCUCCUGCGACAAUUGUCUGGAGUGGUUCCAUGGCGACUGCGUUGGCGUCAGCGAGAUUCAAGGCCGAAAGCUUGAGAGGAGUGGACGAGACUGGAUCUGCGCCACCUGCACCAACAAGAGCCAGAGCCAGCCAGACCCCCAGCAGAGCUCCCCUGACUGCCUGACACUGCCCUACUCGGGGGAGGAGGAGAUUGUACAUGAGGAGCAGGCCAGCGAGGAGGCUGUGGUGCAGGAGGUGACAGAGAUGGUUGCUGAGGCUGAGAUGGAGUUGGACGGUUCCCUACCCCAGUGCAUCGGCUCAGGGUGCAGUAAGCACGCCCUGCCCGACUCCGUUUACUGCGGCACAGACUGCAUCCUGCGGCACGCGGCUGCCACUAUGAAGACGCUCUCCAACUCCAAAGAGACUAAAACCAAGCAACGCCCACAGAGGAGAGCAGCAGCCAAACUUGGCCCUAAGGGUCAGAGGUCAGCUAGGAUGCCCCAGAGGUUGUUGGCAGAGCGGCCCGAAGAGGAGGGUGAGGAAGAGGAGGCUGAAGAUGUUGAGGACAAGGAAGCUGACACAUCUGCCUUAUCCUGUGACCCUAGUCUCACUGCAGUACAGGCCACAUCCAUAGAAUCACCUAUGUUUUACAAGUCGACUGGAAAGGCCAGUGAGCAGGUAGAGGUUGAGAUUGAGCCCAUUUCUCCUCAGACACAUUCUCCAGAUAACUCUCCCUCAGACAUCAUCACUGAAUCCUCCCCUCUGGGAAGUGCUCCAGGUAAAACCAAGAGACCAGCAAACAGCUGCAGUGUCUCCAGGAAACCCUCUGUCGAUACAUUCCCUGUCAAACCACCCAAUCCCCCCAAAUCCAGCCACUCUCCGACCCCUGAGGCCCCAAGCACCUCAGCCUCCAGACACCACGAAACAGGGGCCCUGAGGAUCGGCAAGACGUCCUUCACCAUCCCCAAGAAGCAGCCUCAACCCCUCAUGACUCCCACUCUACCCUCACCUCCACCCCCCACCCCAAUGAAUGAAACUAGGAUCCUGCCCGUGUCCCCAGCCCCUAUCGCCCCUUCCUCCAGACCCCCUCAGCCAGCCAACAACCAAGUCAGGCAGAGCAUCCAACGCUCUCUCACCAACAUCAUGUUCAAGAGGGUGUGCGACUGUGACGAUUUGGAGAGGUCUGAGAGUGAAGUGGCGAAGCUGGUCACCAGCAUCGAGACGGAGAUGUUUAACAUAUUUAACAAUACAGAUAGCAAGUACAUGAACAAGUACCGAACCAUCAUGUUCAACCUUAAAGACCCCAAAAAUAAGGGUUUGUUCUACAGCGUCAUCCGUGGUGAGGUCAGUCCCUUCAGACUAGCCAGGAUGAGCCAGCGGGACAUGCAGGCUACAAAGGUCUCAGAGCCGAACAAAAAAGACACUCCUGAGGUCCGGGAGUCUGGUCCCAAAGCCACAUGUGUGCUGCCAAAUCCAGCGCCUGAGCCAGUGAAGGUUGAUCUACCUAGUCUUCCCUUUAGGCCAAGUAGACACAUGGAACAGAAGAGCACUCUCCCUGCUCCCCCUAAGGCCAGACCUAACCAGUCGAGCCAGAACAGCUCAGUCCCAGACAUCCUCAGCUGCAUGCUGAAAGACACAACUGCCGAGCACAGAGCUCACCUGUUUGACCUCAAGUGCAAGAUCUGCACAGGUCAGAUAACAGUUGAGGGUGAGGAGGAGCCUCUACCCAAGAAGUCUAAACUGUCUGGGUCAUCGUCAUCCUCCACAAAUCCAGACGAAUGGAAAGACAGGCCGUCUCGGCCACCCUGGAUGUAUGCCAGAACAGAUCCCAGAACAGAGGAGAGAGGAUGGAGAACUCCAGCAGGAGAUGAAUCACCCCUCCUUGCACCCCCCGACUCCCCCACCAUGGGUUCCCCUGCCUCCCCCCUAAUGGAGGAUGACUCUGUCUUAACCAUCAUGGAAUCCCCCGCUUCACCCACAAUGGAAUCUCCCGCUUCUCCACCAAUGGAAUCUCCUGCCUCCCCCAUUUUGGAAUCCCCUGCCUCCCCUGUCAUGGAUUCUCCCGCCUCCCCCAUUCUGGAAACCCGCAAAGCCAAGACAUCAUCCAGAAUGUAUACCCCAGUCAUGAUUCCGGCUGUUUCUACGGUAACCAUUACAAGGCGUGAUCCUCGCACUGCUGGCAACCGUUCUGCUGUUAUGUCUGGUGACCCCCACACCGCUGGCAAACGCACUCCUGCCAUGGCAACUGUCGCCAUGUCUAAAGUCCCACCUCCACAAGUCUCUUAUGUCCCAGCGAAACAGAGUGUUACUCUGAGCAAGACAUUCAUGCCCUUGCCACCACCCCCAUCCCUUCCACCAAUGCCAGCAUUACCCAAAUCUAUCCUGAUGAAGCCAUCCUCCUCAUCGUUCUAUGGUUCUUCAGGAUCCUCUUCAUCCUCUUCAAGGGCUGUGAACUCCCACUCCCCUCAAGAUGGGGAGACAACCCAGUUCCUGGCCAAGCAGGAAGUAGUGUGGAAGGGCUUCCUCAACAUGAUCAGCGUGGCCAAGUUCGUCACCAAGGGCUAUCUGGUCUCCGGGCCUUCUGAAUAUCUCAAAGAGGAUCUGCCUGAUACCAUACAGCUUGGUGGAAGAAUCAUGCCUCAAACUGUGUGGGAUUACAUCGGGAGAGUGAAGACCUCUGUUACAAAGGAGCUGUGUGUGAUCCGGUUCCACCCAGCGACAGAGGAGGAGGAAGUGGCCUAUGUGUCUCUGUUCUCCUACUUCAGCAGCAGACGGCGCUUCGGGGUGGUGGCCAACAACAGCCGCAGCAUUAAAGACAUCUACCUCAUCCCACUCAGUGCCAAGGAGUCCAUUCCUUCCAAACUCCAACCCUUCGAAGGAUCAGGCUUUGAGAAGAAUCGCCCCAAUCUUCUUUUGGGACUGGUUAUUUGCCAGAAACCCAAACGUGCGGGAAGCUUGCCACAAGAGGUUGAAGAGAAGAGAGCCAAGAUCCACAUAUCCAAAGACUCCAGAGAUACUGGCCUCCCGAGACCCCCUACGCUGUAUGGGUCUGACCCUAGGACGGAGGAAUUCCUGCCCUACGACCCAGCGAUGCCCAUCAUGUCCACCCCUCCUGGUUCCCCUCCUUCCACUGGAUCCCCAUCAGACUCCUCCUCCUCUGGCUCACUGACUAUUCCAUCACUUCUGUCCUCCAUCAGAGCUGCUCUCCCUGCUUCUGCCCCACCCCCCAUUACUAGCACAUCCACCACUCCCCUGCAGACCAUCCUGAAGUCACUGUUUGGGAAGGACUCUCAUGCAGUCCCAGCAGUUGCAGCAGUGCCCCUUCCAACCACUUUGCCCCCUCCCCCAAUGGUAGAUCCGAUAGUACAGCAGUACGGGCAGAAAUCCAAAGUCAAAGAGAUUGAGGAGGAGGAAAAUGAAUAUGAUCGACCAUAUGACCCAGAGGAGGAGUAUGAUCCAGCAAUGGGCUAUGGAAGGGUUGCCCCAAUUAAUAUAGAUAAAAUGUUUGAAGCGAAUGCUGCCACUCAGGCCACGUGUGCAGAUGACGACGACGUGGCUUACGACCCUGAGGAUGAGACUAUCUUUGAGGAUAUGCACAAUGAUGGGGUCAGUGUAGGGAAAGUCACAGCCCCAACUUCAGCUCCAGCUCCUACCCCAGUCCCAGCUCCAGUACAAGACCCAUUCCCAGAUCCCAGUCCAGCUCCAGCCCCUCUGAGCCGCCCCAUUACUGGUGCUGUGAUUGUGUCAGCCGCUACUCUGACUGAACAACAGCGAAUGCUUGAGGAUCUCAACAGGCAGAUUGAAGAGCAGAAACGGCAGCUGAAGGAGCAGGAGGAGGCACUGCGUCAGCAGAGAGAGGCAGUGGGCAUGUUCAUGGCCCAUUUCUCUGUUUCCGAUGCCUUGAUGUCUCCCCCUACUAAAUCUGGGCUGUCUCACUUACAAACACAGCAGAGUGAAGGAGAGCUGUCUGAGGCAAAUCCUUCAGUCAAUCAAAGAGCUUUGAAAGGUAUUUUGAAAACGGAGGAAACAGAAGUACCAAUAAAACAGGAGAUUAAGAGAGAGACCAAGACUGUACCUCUUUCAGUGUCAAGAAAUGUGGAAAUGCCCAAUGCAUCACCAAAGCGGGUUAAAGAGAUUAAAAAGGAAAGUAUUCAGGCAACAGACAAUUCAGAUCCUGAAGCUGGUGAGAUCCAGGACUCUGAUGUAGCUUACGACCCAGAGGAUGACACUAUCUUUGAUGAGCUGAAAGACACAAAUGGAGAAGAAAAGGCGAAAACCUCAACUCGAUCAGAUUCAGCAAGGCGUUCUGAGCGUUCUCGUGACUCCUCAGUGUCUAGCUCGUGUCGUGGUGCAUCGCGGAAUGACACUCCUGAUAGGAGGCGUAAGCGUAGCAGCCAACCAGAUACUCACUCACCGAAAAGACGGGACCGUAAAGUCAGGGACCGCCAAGAAAGCCCUCCUCGUAGAUCUGGCCGCCGGUCCCCUGGACACUCUGAUAGGCGAAGGGAAAGACACAGACGGGGUGAGAGGAGCCGACCAUAUCACAGAGGUCGUCACCACUCUGAGCGCCCAGGCCGCCAUAUUCCUCAUAAAGAGCGUACUUCUCGACGCAGCUCUGGUAGCCAUAGAAGAUCCCCAUCUUCACCAAGACAAAAACAAGAUUCUGGCUCUAGGGGACUCUCAAAGGGUCAAAGGGAGACUUCUCCUCCAGUGUGGGAUGACUCAAAGGGCCCAGAGGCUCCUGAAGACAUGGGUCCUAUAAGUCCAACUCCAGCACUGGUCAUGGAGGCUAAUGACUCACCUCAGCCCCCUCUUGAAAGACAGGACAUUGAUGAACCACUGGGUGAUCGUUGUGAUUCUGGAGGUCCACCACAGGGAGAGAUUGAGGACACAGGCCAUCAAAUGCCCCAUGAGAAUCCCACUCCCCAGAAGCCUGCGGAUCAACAACCUUCUCAAAGCUUGCUGGGGUCACCAUCAAAAGGGCCCAACAACGAGCAAGGCCCCAACAUCCAGCUUCAAGACAAUAGGGAUAGGCCCUCUCAACUGGAACUACUAGAGCAAUGCAGUGUACAGAGCCCAUCAGACAUUAUGAGAGAAAAACAGUUUUCCUCACAAGGUCCUCCCCACAUGGCCUCUCCAAAUAACCACGGUGAGCGGUCCAGCAGUUUAGAGAGGAGAGAUCCUGAUAUGAGGGAGGGAAGGAGAAACCAAGGGCCUGAUAUGAUGGGACCCGGGCCAAACAUGACGGGUGAAAGGAGAGGGCCGCAAAUGAGGCAUCCAAGUCCAAAUAUCAGAGGUCCAGAUCCAGAACCAGACAUGAGGGGUGAAAGGAGCGGGCCACAAAUGAUGCAUCCAAGUCCAAAUAUCAGAGGUCCAGAACCAGAUAUGAGAAGUCCAAAUAUGAGAGAGGACCACUUCUCACCAACAACUUACUUUGGAGGAAAGAGAUCACCAUCGCCCCAUUUUAAUAGUCCAAGGAUCCCCUCAUCUGUUCCAAGAGGAAAUUUUAAGGAUCAACGGGGAGCACCUUGUCCUGGUUUCCGCCCCAGGGGUCCUCGUACCUCAAGGUGGAUGCCACCACGGUCCCGGUUUGAUGGUCCACAUAAUCCGCUAGUAGUAAGACCUCUAGAGCUGCUCGGAAAACAAAGAGGCACCAACCAGAAUCAUGACAAUGGAGGUGAGCCUAUUCAACCAGAAAUAAAGGAGCAACACAUUGCACAGAGCCCAUCAGACAUUAUGAGAGAGAACCAGUUUUCCUCACAAGGUCGUCCCCACAUGGCCUCUCCAAGCAACCACGGUGAGCGGUCCAGCAGUUUAGAGAGGAGAGAUCCCGAUAUGAGGGAGGGACGAAGACACCAAGGCCCAGACAUCAGAAGUCCAGAUAUGAUAGAACCUGGGCCAGACAUGAGGGGGCCAGUGCCAGACAUGUGGGAUGAUAGAAGGGGUCCAGGGCCAGACAUUAAAGGGCCAAGGCCAGACAUGAGGGGUGAUAGGAGAGGGCCAGACAUGUGGGAUGCUAGAAGGGGUCCAGGGCCAGACAUGAGGGGUGAUAGGAGAGGGCCAGACAUGUGGGAUGAUAGAAGGGGUCCAGGGCCAGACAUGCAAGGUUUAGGGCCAGAGAUGGGGGGUCCAGGGCCAAUCAUGCGAGGUCUAGGGCCAGACAUGCGAGAUCCAGGGCCAGACAUGAGGGGGGAUAGGAGAGGGCCAGAGCCCGAUAUGAGGGGUGAUAGGAGAGGGCCAGAGCCCAAUAUGAGGGGUGAUAGGAGAGGGCCAGAGCCAGACAUGAGGGGUGAUAGGAGAGGGCUAGAGCCCGACAUGAGGGGUGAUAGGAGAGGGCCAGAGCCAGACAUGAGGGGUGAUAGGAGAGGGCCAGAGCCCGACAUGAGGGGUGAUAGAAGAGGGCCAGAGCCCGACAUGAGGGGUGAUAGGAGAGGGCCAGAGCCCGACAUGAGGGGUGAUAGGAGAGGGCCAGAGCCCGACAUGAGGGGUGGGCCAGACAUAUGGGAUGAUGGAAGAGGUCCAGGACCAGACAUGACAGCUCCUGAAAUGCCAGACCCAGAUCCAGAUAUGAGAAGUCCAGACAUGAGAAUGGACCACUUCACACCAACAGCUAACUUUGGAGGACAGAGACCAACAUCGACUCAUUUCAGCAGUCCAAGGAUGAUCUCACCUGUUCAAAGAGGACAUUUUGAGGAUCAAAGGGGAGUACAUCGUCCUGGUUUCCGCCCCAGGGGUCCUCGUCCCUCGAGGUUCAACCAGCCCAGAGGCUCAUAUCCAGGACACUUCUCAGGGGGGCAACCACGGUUCCGUUUCGAUGGUCGACAGGUAGUGGUAAGACCUGCUCAUGCCUCGCUGGUAACACCAAGGGAGCACAGUAUACAGAGCCCAUCAGAAAUUCUGAUAGAAACCCAGAUACCCUCACAAGGUCCUCCCCACAUGGCCUCUCCAAACAACAAGGGGGAGCGGUCCAGCAGUUUAGAGAGGAGAGAUCCUGAUAUUGGGGAGGAAAGGAGAAACCCAGGGUCAGACAUCAGAGGUCCAGAUAUGAUGGGACCAGGGCCUGACAUGAGGGGUGAUAGGAGAGGACCAGGGCCAGACAUGAGAGGUGAUAGGAGAGGACCAGGGCCAGACAUGAGGGGUGAUAGGAGAGGGCCAGGGCCAGACAUGAGGGAUGAUAGGAGAGGGCCAGAAAUCAGAGGUCCAGAUAUGAUGGGACCAGGGCCAGACAUGAGGGGUGAUAGGAGAGGGCCAGACAUGAGAGAUUCAGAGCCAAACAUCAGAGGGCCAGGUCUAGUGCCAGACACAAGGGGUGAUAGGAGAGGGCCAGGGACAGACAUGAGAGGUGAUGGGAGAGGGCCAGGACCUGAUAUGAGGGGUGAUGGGAGAGGUCCAGGGCCGGACAUGAGGGGUGAUGGGAGAGAUCCAGGGCCAGACAUGAGGGUUGAUGGGAGAGGGCCAGGGCCAGACAUGAGGGGUGAUGGGAGAGGGCCAGGGCCAGACAUGAGGGGUGAUGGGAUAGGGCCAGAUAUGAGGGGUCCAGGGCCAGAUAUGAGAGAGCCAGGGCCAGACACAAGGGGUGAUAGGAGAGGUCCAGGGCCAGACAUGAGAGGUCCAGGGCCAGACAUGAGGGUUCUAGGGCCAGACAUGAGGGUUCUAGGGCCAGACAUGAGAGAUCCAGGGCCAAACAUCAGAGGGCCAGACACAAGGGGUGAGAGGAGAGGUCCAGGGCUAGACAUGAGGGGUCCAGGGCCAGACAUGAGGGGUGAUAGGGGAGGUCCAGGGCCAGACAUGAGGGUUCUAGGGCCAGACAUGAGGGGUCCAGGGCCAGACGUGAGGGGUGAUAGGGGAGGUCCAGGGCCAGAUAUGAGGGGUGAUAGGAGAGGGCAAGGGUCAAACAUGAGGGGUGAUAGGAGAGGGCCAGACAUGAGAGAUCCGGGGCCAGACACAAGGGGUGAAAGGAGAAGGCCAGACAUGACAGAUCAAGGGCCAGACAUGAGAGGGCCAGGUCUAGGGCGAGACACAAGGGGUGACAGGAGAUGGCCAGGGCAUGACUUGAGGGGUCCUGGGCCAGACAUCAGCGGGCCAGGUCUAGGGCCAGACACAAGGGGUGAUAGGAGAGGGCCAGACAUCAGAGGCCCAAGGACAGAUAUGAGGGGUGAUAGAAGAGAUCCAGGACCAGACAUGAGAGAUCCAGGGCCAGACAUGCAGGGUCCAGGGCCAGACAUUCAGGGUCCAGGGCCAGACAUGCAGGGUCUAGGGCCAGACAUGAGAGAUCCAGGGCCAGACAUGCAGGGUCCAGGGCCAGACAUGAGAGAUCCAGGACCAGACAUGCAGGGUCCAGGGCCAGACAUGAGAACUCCAGAGCCAGACAUGAGAACUCCAGAGCCAGACAUGAGAGGGCCAGACACAAGGGGUUAUAGGAGAGGGCCAGGGCCAGACAUGCGGGGUCCAGGGCCAGACAUUUGGGAUGAUAGGAGAGGGCCAGACAUGAGGGUUGAUAGGAGAGGACCAGGGCCAGGCAUGAGGGGUCCAGAGCCAGAUAUCAAAGGACCAGGCCUAGGGCCAGACACAAGAGGUGACCGGAGAGGGUCAAGGCUAGACAUGAGGGGUAAUCGGAGAGGGCCAGGGCCAGACAUGAGGGGUCUAGGGCCAGACACAAGGGGUGAUAGGAGAGGGCCAGGGUCAGAGAUGAGGGGUCCCGGACCAGACAUGAGAGAUCAAGAGCCAGACAUCAGAGAGCCAGGUCUAGGGCCAGACACAAGGGGUGAUAGGAGAGGGACAGGUCCAGACAUGAGAGGGACAUGGCCCGAAACAAGGGGUGAUAGGAGAGGGCCAGGGAAAGACUUGAGGGGUCUAGGGCCAGACAUGAGAAGGUCAGGGCCAGACACAAGGAGUGAUAGGAGAGGGCCAGGGCCAGACAUGAGGGGUCCAGGACCAGACACAAGAAGAGAUCAGGAGCCAGACAUCAGAGAACCAGGUCUAGGGCCAGACACAAGGGGUGAUAGGAGAGGGCAAGGGCCAGACUUGAGGAGUCUAGAGCCAGACAUGAGAGGACCAGGGCCAGGCACAAGGGGUGAUAGGAGAGGGCCAGAGCCAGACAUUUGGGGUCCAGGACCAGACACGAGAGAUCAAGAGCCAGACAUCAGAGGGCCAGACACAAGGGGUGAUAGGAGAGGGACAGGUCCAGACAUGAGAGAUACAGGGCCAGACAUGGGAUGGCCAGGUCUAUGGCCAGACACAAGUAGUGGUAGGAGAGGGCCAAACAUGAGAGAUCCAGGGCCAGACAAGAGGGUGGUUAGGAGAGGGUCAGGGCCAGAAAUGGAAGUUCCAGGGCCUGAAACAAGGGGUGAUAGGAGAGCGCCAGGGACAGACAUGAGGGGUCCAGGACCAGACACGAGAGAGCAAGAGCCCAACAUCAGAGGGCAGGGUCUAGGGCCAGACACAAGGGGUGAUAGGAGAGGGUCAGACAUGAGAGGGCCAGAUAUGAGGGGUGAUAGGAGAGGGCCAGACAUGUGGGAUGAUAGGAGAGGGUCUUCACCAAACAUGAGGGGUCCAGGGCCAGACAUGAGCGGUGCAGGACCAGACAUGUGGGAUGAGAGUAGAGGGCCAGAUAUGAGAGGUCCAGACAAGAGGGGUGAUAGGAGAGGGCUGGGGUCAGACAUGAGAGGGCCAGAUAUGAGGGGUGAUAGGAGAUGGUCAGGGCCAGACAUGAGCGGUGCAGGAUCAGACAUGUGGGAUGAGAGUACAGGGCCAGACACAAGGGGUGAUGGGAGAUGGCCAGGGCCAGACUCAAGGGGUGAUGGGAGAUGGUCAGGGCCAGACAUGAGAGGUCAAGGGCCAGACAUUAGGGGGAAUAGGAGAGGGUCAGAUAUUAGUCUUGAUAGGAGAGGCCCAGGGCCAGACAUGUUGGGUGAAAGGAGAGGGCCAAACAUGAGAGAUCCAGGGCCUGACACGAGGGGUCCAGGGCUAGACAUGGGUCAAGAAAUGCGAGCCCCAGAUCCAGACAUGAGAAGUCCAGAUAUAAGAGGAGAUCACUUCACAACAACAAAUCAUUUUGGAGGAUCAAGGGGUGUACAAAGUCCUGGUUUCCAUGGCCCCAGGGGUCCUCGUCCCUCGAGGUUCAACCAGCCCAGAGGCUCAUCUCGAGGGUAUUUCCCAGACAAUGGGGGGCAGCCACGGUUUGACGGUCCACGGCUAGUGGUAAGACCGUUAAGGCCUAAAGGAGGUUUACUCCCCACUCCCCCGGAGGGCCUCAUGAGUUUGCCGAACAACAGCCCGGAUGCUUUUAGAGAAGACCAGUGGCGGAACAGUCACUCGCCUGAUACGAGGAGAACAAGCCUACCCAUAGAAGACUGUGAAAUUAGAAACUAUGGAGACAGAGAAAACAACUCUGAAGAACGUGGCCGUGGUGUUAACCCCCGAGAUAGGGUUAACUUCCAGGGCACAGCGCCCUGCUUGUCCCAGGGGAGGCAGUUGCCUGAGGACAAUGGGAGAGAGCGGGGUGGCAGUCAUGGAAGACAGGGGGACAGGGGGACAGGUAGGCUUGUGAGUAGGGAGAGAGAAAGGGUUAGAGGGAGCGAAGUAGACAGGCCCAGAGAGGAGGUAAAUGAAAAGCAAAAGACACCCACAGAAAAGGACAGAGACAUUGGCAGAGCCACAAGCAGAGAAGGAGAGGCAAACAGAGGUGUUAGUCUGCACAACCGUUCACUCUCAAAAGACCAUGACCGAGACAUUUUAAAGGAUGGAAGUGGAAAGAAAGAAGAACAAAUGGAGGGAAAGGGUAAAACGGUUGAAUUAACAGAAACGCCCCAGGUAGACACGCCCCAGGAAGACACGCCCCAGGACAGCAAAGGGCCUGUUUGACUGGAGACUACUGUUAACAGAAAUGCAUGGACUAAGUUUGAAGUUGGUUCAGUUCAUAAUGUACUACGUAGUCGUUUUCACUACAUCAUAAAACACCCUUAACUUUUUGAAUGUCAUGACUGAACGUACCUUGUUUCAUUCAAUUUAGUUUUAAAAUUGUACAAAUUAUGUGCUUUUCAGAAUUUCCAGAUUAAAACUCAUGUCAAGUCAAACAUAAUAGAUAUGUACAUUGUGUUUAUGGAUAUUUUUUGGUCUUUUUUUUUUUUUAUAAGUCCAAACCUAUUGAGCCAUACUGCUGUCAUCUAUUCACUGAUUAGAAAAAGCCUUCAUGUUGGAUCAUCUCAUGAUAAUUAUGUUUUAGAAUAAACCUUUUUUUUUUUUACUCUGUUUUAAUUUGUUGAACCGAGGCCAAUAAAAACAGUAAAGGAAUGAUCA